AUGGUGUUGGUCGGCAUCAUGACCAUCCUAUUGGGCGUGGGCAGUGCCUGGCUCAUCGUCUCAUUUGAGUUUCCAGGUCAACGCAUCUUGAGUUGGGCUCUGGUGCUGCCACUUGCGAUGCCGGGCUACAUCAUCGCCUAUGUCUACACAGACCUUUUGGAGUUUGCGGGUCCUGUGCAGACUCUGCUCCGAGACAUCACUGGCUGGCAGGCGGGCGAUUAUGCCUUCCCGCCGAUCCGCUCUCUAGGCGGCGCAGCGCUCAUGUUGAGCCUCGUUCUUUAUCCUUAUGUCUAUCUCCUCACCCGGACCUCCUUUCAGCGCCAGUCUGUUGCGCUUGUUGAAGCAACCCGCGUACUGGGCGUGUCGCCCACUCAAGCUUUUUUGCGUGUUGCACUCCCCUGUGCGCGUCCAGCCAUUGCGGGGGGCGUGGCACUCGCCCUCAUGGAGACCAUUGCUGACUAUGGUGUGGCCGACUAUUUUGGCGUCUCGACACUGACAGCGGGGAUCUUCCGUACCUGGCUUGGUAUGGGAGAACCGGUUGCCGCUGCACAGAUUGCCGCCGUGCUCUUUCUCUUUGCAGGCGCACUUGUCGUGCUGGAGCGCUUGAAUCGCCAGGGCACAGUGGCCAACCCGCUCGGGCGUGACGUGGCCGCCGCGCGCAUCGUCCUGCCCCCGUUGAAAAGCAUCGCAGCGCUUCUCGCCUGUGCGUUGCCAGUGACAUUUGGCUUUCUCUUGCCCGCCUUCGUGCUGAUCCGCUAUGCCAUCAAUGUGGGGGAUCCGCUUCUAAGUUCCCAGUUCCUUGCCUUCGCGGGAAACUCGCUCACGGUUGCUGCGGCCGCGGCGCUCAUUGCGACGGGCAUCGCGCUGUUCCUUGCUUAUGCAGAACGCAGAGAUGCGUCAAUGCAGAACCAGUUGCUCAUUCGUUUGGCGACCCUGGGCUACGCACUGCCAGGCGCCAUGAUUGCCAUCGGGAUUCUCGCCCUAGCGGGCACGCUUGAUACGAAGCUCGCGAUAUUCAUGCGGGACACGCUGGGCAUGGAACCGCGAUUGCUGCUGACGGGCACGAUUGCGGGUCUUCUCUUUGCUUAUGUGGCGCGUUUCCUGACCGCCGCUUUCAACAGCACCCAGGCGGGCCUCGAAAAAAUCCACGGCACCCUGGAUGAUGCGGCCCGCAUGCUGGGCGCAGGGCCCGGACGGGUGUUGACCGCAAUCCAUCUGCCUUUGUUGCGGGGCCCGCUGCUCGCUGGUUUCCUGCUGGUGUUUAUCGAUGUGAUGAAAGAACUGCCCGCCACGCUCCUGCUGCGUCCCUUUAACUUCGAAACGCUGGCAACGCGCACAUACAGACUGGCAUCUGAUGAGAGGCUGGCAGAGGCAUCCACCGCCGCUCUGCUCAUCGUAGCACUCGGUCUCAUCCCCACCAUCAUGUUGAGCGUGUCGAUUGCACGCUCAACAUUCAGGCGAUAA